GUGGCGGAUAUUCAUGGCGCUGUGCGCUCUGUGGCACGCGGUGCUGGUCAACGUGCUAGCACUGCCGCCUCCGGCGGUGGUCUACGUGGAGGUGGAUUCCGAGCCGUCCCAGAAGCAGAUCAGGGACCAGCUCACCGCCCUCAUGAAGGCCCGUGGCCCGCUCGCGAUGAUCAACAGCCCAGCCCUGAAGGUCAUCGACGUGCAGAUUGCGGAGAAGAAGGCGUCCUUGUACGCUUCCCGGCCGCCAGGCCAGCAGCUCGAUGGCCUCAGGCAGGAGGACAUGAAGGCGGCUCAGGAGAGGAUCGAUGCGGAGCAGGCCGCUUUGACGGCCUACCAGGCGGACCUCCUCGAGCUGGAGUCGGCCCUCACGAAGAACGCUCACACGGUUCAGCAGCCGCCGACCGAGGGAGGGCCCCCAGGUUGGCUGAAGGACGCGCUGAUCGACCUUGCGCGGCAGAUCCGCACGGGGUCGGAGAUGCCGCGGGAUGCUUUGGCGGCGGCCCUGGAGGAGAUGACCCUCCCCCCACCCGCCCCCAUGCCGCCCGAGGCCCCCGAACCAGCGCCUCCGGCCUCGGACAUGCACAUGCAGGGCGAUUCCGAGACCCCGCAGUUUGUUGUUGGCAGUUCGGGGCCGCAGCGGAAGAUGCGAGGGAAGACCUUGGUGGAGACCCCGUGCCCUCAGGGGUUUCUCGUCCCCUCCGUGUCCACGGCUGGGACGUCGGUGGGCGCACCGUGCUUUGCCUAG